GGACUGUGGGUUAAAUCCCCGCCCCGCUUCAUUCCUGCGUUGUUUGGGGACAGUAGGAAGAUGGCGGCGGCCCCGCUGUACUGUGUCUGCCGGCAGCCCUACGAUGUGAGCCGGUUUAUGAUCGAGUGCGACAUCUGUAAAGACUGGUUUCACGGCAGCUGUGUGCAGGUAGAAGAGCAUCAUGCUGUGGAUAUCGAUGUUUACCACUGUCCCAACUGUGAUGUUGUACAAGGACCCUCCCUGAUGAAAAAGCGCAACAACUGGCACAGGCACGACUACACAGAGCCAGACGAUGGAUCGAAGCCGGUGCAGGCUGGCACCCCAGUGUUUAUCAAGGAGCUCCAGAGCAGGACCUUUCCUAGUGGUGAGGAGAUUCUGAUGCGGAUGAAGGGGGAGCAGGUGACACCCAGGUACCUGGAGAAACACGGCUUCAGCUACCCCAUAGCGGUCACAGAGAUGGAGGACCUGGGACUCAAACUACCAGCCACUACUUUCUCUGUCAAAGAUGUGGAGCAGUAUGUGGGUGGCGACAAAGUCAUCGAUGUGAUAGAUGUGGCUCGGCAGGCAGACAGCAAGAUGAAGCUCAGCGAGUUUAUCAAGUAUUUCACCAAGCCGCAUCGACCCAAGGUCCUCAACCUCAUCAGCCUGGAGUUCUCUGACACUAAGAUGUCAGAGUUGGUGGAGGUUCCUGACGUGGCUCAGAAGAUGUCCUGGGUAGAGAACUACUGGCCGGACGACUCCUUCUUCCCCAAGCCGUUUGUCCAGAAGUACUGCCUUAUGGGGGUUAAGGACAGCUACACAGAUUUCCACAUAGACUUCGGAGGCACCUCUGUCUGGUACCAUGUUCUCUGGGGUGAAAAGAUCUUCUACUUGAUCAAGCCCACACCCACCAACCUUGCACUAUAUGAGGCAUGGAGCUCCUCGCCCAAUCAGAGUGAAGUGUUCUUUGGGGACAAAGUGGAUAAGUGCUACAAGUGUGUUGUGCCCCAAGGAACCACCCUGCUCAUCCCUACAGGCUGGAUCCAUGCUGUUCUCACCUCUCAGGAUUGCAUGGCAUUUGGAGGGAACUUCCUUCACAACCUCAAUAUUGGCAUGCAGCUCAGGUGUUAUGAAAUGGAGCGUCGUCUGAAAACCCCAGACCUCUUUAAGUUUCCAUACUUCGAGGCCAUCUGUUGGUAUGUGGCCAAGAACCUCUUGGAAACGCUAAAAGAGCUACGAGAGGACAACUGUCCACCACCAACCUACCUAGUGGAGGGAGUCAAGGCUUUAAUCAGUGCACUGAGGACCUGGUUGAAAAGAGAGGUGACUGAGCCCAGCAGUGAGGUACCAGACCAUAUCAGGCCUAACCAUCUCAUUAAAGAGCUGACUAAGGAAAUCCGCUACCUGGAGGAGGAACCAGUCAGUGGUGGCAAGCCAGUGAAAUCUCAGGGAAGUGUGUGUGGAGUAUCAUCUGGAUCAAAUGGCUGCCCAGCCACUCGCUCCACACUGGAGAAGCUGAGCCAGGCCCGUCGGGCAAGAAGGGCCGCCAGGCGGCUGAGGGAGCAGCAGCGCCAGGCCCCCAAAGUGCCCUCCAACCUGGACAUCUUAGAGCAGCACACCAGGGAGGUGCUGAGGAGGCUGGAGGUGGGACUGCUCGAGGAGGAUGCAGCAUUCUGCGCCAAGGUUCACGGGAAGCUCAACAAAGUGUCAACUGCAUCAGCUGCUGCUGCUGAGUCUUUAGAUGACAACCACCUACGGCUAAUGCUGGUCAACGGCAGAAUUAUCAGAGAUAUGAGGCGGCCAGCCUGCAGCCCAGUAAAGACGGAGGGUGAACGGUCAUCUGACGGCCAAGACCCACCAAAGAGUUGUGUGGAUGUGAAGUCGGAGAGGACGCAGAACAGUCAAGAGCAGCACAGCACAUUUGAGAAACCCACGCUCUUCAGGGGUCUGGAGAGGGUGAAGACUGAACUCAGGGAAGAAGUCUCAGGACACUCCAGUGUGUCAGACGUGGAGUCAGACAGUGACUCUCCCACAGAGCGUAAAACGUCCUCGUCCUCGUCGUCCUCUUCUGACGAGGAUUCAGAGAGUUCCCAGGGGGAGGAAGAGGAGAAGGAGGAGAGGGGCUCAUCUCAGCAGAAAGGCUCAGGGCACACCAUAGAGCUGGACCAGUCUGGCCAGAAACUCAGGCACAAACACAAACCACUCAAACGAGAACGUCCUACCUCACCCAGCACAGCAGAGGCCAUUCAGGGGAUGCUGUCUAUGGCUGGUCUGCUGUGCUCCUCCAAGUCAGAGAAGGUAGCCUCGUCCCGGGAGCACUGGUGGUCCAGCCCCAGCCACUGCUUGCCGCUGGAGCAGAGGGAGGCGGCGCAGCACCAGCACCGACUGCAGGGGGACAAGAGCCCAAUGGACAGCCAGGGCAACAGCAGCGAGGCCUGGGACAAUCAGGGGCUCCCCAGCCCUCUCGGCCAAAGCCACGCCAGCAGCCCAGAGACAGACUACCAGUACUGUGACCCCUCAAUGUCUCCACCGCUGCACCCCUCCAAGAGGCACGCCCCCAACCCCCCACCCAUUAGCAAUCAGGCCACGAAAGGCAAGCGGCCCAAAAAAGGAAUGGCCACAGCCAAGCAGAGACUGGGGAAGAUCCUUAAACUCAACAGACACAAUCGUGUCUUUGUGUAACACUCCAAAUCUUCAAAGGCAAAAUAAGUGGGGAUGUAUUCUUGAAGAAGAAAAAAACAAACAUUUGUGUAUUUGUUACCAGUUACCAGACACUUUCGUGCUGUAGAAAUGGGAGAAGGAAAAAAAAAAGAACACACUGCCUGGAGACGACCGCAACUGAACGAAUCUUGACACGUAAAACACGCUCACUGUGCAUGCUUAGGAGACAGGGUAUUGGAUUUGAAAUAAGCAAGUGCACGACUUCACCACAAGCACACUAAGAACAAGACGGAAAGGAGCUACAGGAAGCGGAGAGGACAAGCAUGUUGUGAAAUUUUCUGCUGCAGGGAAAGGUGGACUGAAACUCCUGCAGGCAUUUAAAUAGACAAAGAAGAUGUCUACCAAACAAACAACAAAAAUGCUUGCUUCGCCGGGGAGCAGCAAGAUAUCUACUGCUUCUGAUGCCAAGAUCAUCUGCAUCACAUUUACUAGUAUUUACUCUCUCUGCUAAACACGCCGCCCCUUCUCCACACAACCUUCACUUGCUUCAUGGCUAUCUGCAACAAACUGAAUAGGAUGGAGGAGCAGAUGAAACGGAGCUGUAUCUCUAGCAGGGUCUUUUUCCUCUGGCCCGAGGGGGAAACGAGGUGCUAAGGAGGAGAACUGAAAUUUCAAAAUGGUGCUCAUUGUUUGUCCUUUUCUCCACUCAUGCUUGUCCCUUCCAGCCCUCACCUCCCUCCCUCCCUGACCCCCCCCUUUAUCUCAAUCACACCAGCAAUAAUGACUUUGAGGAGAGGAAAGAUUGAGAGGCAGCACUUUGGCGCAUUCCUCCCCCGAUUCUUCUGUUUGUAGAAAAUCUAAAUCGGUCCAUUAAAGACUUGCACAAUUUAGUGCAAAAUGUACUCUCAAAUCUGCACUAUAUUGUUUGAUAAUUAGACAGACUCCCCGUCUGUUUCUGAGCAAUUUUGGCUAAAGUUGAGCGAGUUGCUCAAAGUGCUGCCCCUCUGAAUUUUUUUAAAAAUAGGAAGUACGAGUCAUUCACUUGGGUCUAAAAAACCGAAGAUGGCAAAUGACUCGCUUGAUAUCCUGCUUAAUUUAUUUCUCGUUUUAUUUGUGAUGUUGAUUUUUUUAUGUGUUAUUUUUAUGGAUGCUGAAUGAUGUAUUUAUUAAUUGAAAGAGAUAAUGAUUUUAUUAUAUUUUGACCCUAAAACCUCAGCUAUUCUGAGGGGGUUUUCCCUUUUUAUAGGGGGUUUUCUCUCUUUUUUUUUUUUUUAUCUUGAACACAUACUUUUUGUAAAUGUGGAUGUUUUAGAGUUCAUGUGAUCAUCUGUUGAGUAGCAAUUUACCUACAAAUCGUUUAUUAUCUUCGAUUCUGUCACAACUGCCCCCCCCCAUUACCCAGCUGAAUAGAUCUGGUGUUGAUUCUUGUCUGUUCUGGUUCCUCUGGUGUUCCUCUUCUCCCUGUAGCCAGAGGUGUUGGGCUAUGUGCGAAUAGAAACUAGGUUAGGUUGAGAAAUGUCAACUUGCAUAUCUACACCUGAGCUUUUUCAACUAGUGCCACCCAUCAUUGAGCAAAAAACAAGUAUUCUGAGCCACUGUGGUCGAUCCAAAGUAGUCAAUGCAUUCAGAAGAAGUGAACGCUUGAGAACUUUAAUGGGAUGAGUGAGGUUUUUCCUUUAUUUUAAAAAUAAUACCAGUGCUGAUGUGUUUUUGCUCGGGGUGCGCAGUUCUUCACUCUCAGGGAAUGAUGCCAUGGACAUAACCUUCAAUUAACCACCAGCCACGUCAUGGAUGCAGACAGGAUGCUCUUAGCACUCACUCAAGACUUUUAAGAUUCACCUUGUGCUUUGGAGUUGCUGAGGUUUUUGUUUUUCAUUGCUCAAAAAAAGUAUUUCCUGGUCGUGGUUUUCAAGUUGUAAGGAUAAGCUGUGCUUUAACCAGUCGAGUCAUUGUACUUUUUACGCUAACUUUUACAACUUCUGUUAAUAUGAAUUUGAUAUGGUCCCCCACUGCUUCUUAACACACUUUCAGCUCAGUGUUAUACAGAAAACACCUUUUGUUAAGUUGACUAACAGACAUUUCACACAUUUAAAUGACACCCAGGCUAACUGUUGCCAAGUAGCUUUAAGACCACUCUUUGAACAGCGUCAGACUUGGAAAGCUUUGCUCAGGUUGACUUGUAAUGCACAUGACCUGCGAGUGACUGUGUGAUCAAUCCUUCAGCUCUGAUGAGGCAUUUCACAUAAUCCCAACACAAAGAACCAAUUUACAGUGUUAAUCACAUUGCCAGACUGAUUUCCUCCUUUUUCUUACACUACACUUUAACCUUUUAACUUUUUGCAUGUCACGUCAUUAAAAACAUGCGAGCUGGCCCGCAGGCAGGGUUUGUUACAAGGUGCAGUAUUCAUCGAACAGAAUCUGUCCCUUUUGCUUUUAAAUGCAGCUCUCUUGGCAUUUGUGUUAUGUGCGUUGGUUCUUGCUAUGUUUUUUUUCCAGAUUUAAAUUGCUUAUGAUUUAAAAUAUACAAACACUGGCUAACUGUGACACUGUUGAUGCAUUGAAUUUUGUUUAUGCAUUUCAAAAAUUGCGUGUAAAUAAAACUAAUGAAAUAA